AUAUGACAAGAUUCGUAUGCUUAAAAUGAGCGUUUUAUUUGAGAAGCUGAGUAUAUCUCAUCGAUCGUAUUUGUAAGCGAUUGAAGGGGAAAUCUACGAAUAAAAUAGAUUUGCUUAUAAGUCAGUAACUUUUGUGGAUCCUCCAACAGUUACUAAUUCACCAGUCUAGAGUUUACUAGCGAUAAAAAAAACUUUUUAAAAAAGUCUUGUGAAAAUAUUUCAUUUAAAGUUCUUUAAUAUGUCCUUGGAACGUCAAGUCAGAAAUAAGCUCGCUGGAAAGCGUAAUGCUGAGCAAGAGGGUGAAGCCAAAGAAUGGAUUGAAUCAGUUUUGGGCAGUAAAUUCCCACCAGGUGAAGCUUACGAAGAAGCUCUCAAGGACGGAAUUAUUCUCUGCAAAUUGAUGAACAAACUCAAGCCUGGAUCAGUUCCAAAGAUCAAUACCACUGGUGCUACUUUCAAAAUGAUGGAAAAUAUCAACAUGUUCCAAAAAGCAUUAAAAGAUUACGGAGUUGCCGAUCUUGAUGUUUUCCAAACUGUUGACUUGUGGGAGGGUAAGGAUAUCUCUCAAGUCACAAUGACACUCUUUGCCCUUGGACGUGAGACUUACAGACACCCAGAAUGGAAUGGACCAUACCUUGGGCCAAAACCAUCUGAAGAAAAUGUUCGUGAAUUUGAUGAAGAAACAAUUGCUGCUGGAAAAGCCGUCAUUGGUCUUCAAGCUGGAAGCAACAAAGGCGCCACUCAAGCCGGACAAAACAUGGGAGCUGGACGUAAAAUCAUUCUUGGAAAAAAUAAGCUCGCUGGAAAGCGUAAUGCUGAGCAAGAGGGUGAAGCCAAAGAAUGGAUUGAAUCAGUUUUGGGCAGUAAAUUCCCACCAGGUGAAGCUUACGAGGAGGCUCUCAAGGACGGAAUUAUUCUCUGCAAAUUGAUGAACAAACUCAAGCCUGGAUCAGUUCCAAAGAUCAAUACCACUGGUGCUACUUUCAAAAUGAUGGAAAAUAUCAACAUGUUCCAAAAAGCAUUAAAAGAUUACGGAGUUGCCGAUCUUGAUGUUUUCCAAACUGUUGACUUGUGGGAGGGUAAGGAUAUCUCUCAAGUCACAAUGACACUCUUUGCCCUUGGACGUGAGACUUACAGACACCCAGAAUGGAAUGGACCAUACCUUGGGCCAAAACCAUCUGAAGAAAAUGUUCGUGAAUUUGAUGAAGAAACAAUUGCUGCUGGAAAAGCCGUCAUUGGUCUUCAAGCUGGAAGCAACAAAGGCGCCACUCAAGCCGGACAAAACAUGGGAGCUGGACGUAAAAUCAUCAUUGGAAAGUAAAUUUUCAUUCAAGAUUUUCUCGAUUUUUCUUGAAGUUUACUUUUCUACGACUCAAAAAUGCUCUUAAAUUUAUUUUUAUAUUCUCCCACGCAACUUUCAUGCAACACGAUCGUGAGUGAGAAGGUUACUUAAUUCUGUUAUGGUUUCAUAAGUUUUGGCCAAAUUAAAAUAAAUGAUGGAUUUUAAUUUAAGAUGAAAAUGUGCUUUAUUUUUUCAAAAAACUCAGGUGAAACCUCUGGGUAGAAUAAAUGUUUAACACCUUUUUCAUGAA